UCAAACCUGCAUGAAGGGUCUUAACAGACACGACCGUGCCUGUGCGAUUGUUUGUCGUCGGAUGCACGCCGGACGGGGGGACGCAAGGACUAAUGCGCGUUGUAACCCCGUACGCGCGUGCGAACGAGAAAGCCUGCAUCCAUUGCGUCACCAUCGUCUUCUUCUCAUCUCGGGCGUUCGGGCGCUCGGUAGCGCGUGUUCACGCGCGCGCUCCCAUCACCAAUUCGGCCACACUAGUUAACGGCUGACCGGCACGGUGGAAGGAACGGACCGUCUGUCUCUCUGUUGGGCCCUCCUCUGUUUCUUUUUGUUUUUCAGUUUCGUCUGUGUCUGUGUGACCUGAAAAUGUCGCUGGAGUACCAAGAGGAUGCUUUCGGCAAGCUGGCCGUCGGCCGACGGUGGAAAACCCGCGCUAUGUGCUCGUCGUGCUAGGGAAAAGUGUUGUUGUGUUGUCCCUGGCAGAAAAUGGGGAAAUGUGUCUUUGGUGGCAAGAAGCGAAGGGAACAAAAUUAAGUGAAAGCCGUAAAACAAAACAAACCAAAAAGAAAACGAGUGUUGAGUGAUAAUUUUAGAAAGCAUCGCAAUAUUUUUGAGGCAUCUGUGAGCGACACAAAACGUUUGAAGAUUGUUUUGUUGAAGAAGUAGAGUUUGCGUGAGUGAGGUGAGAAGAAUACGUUUUGCUUUGUGUUGUGUACUGUACGAAAAAAAGACGAAUAAGUAAGUGUCCCGCUGCGUUGUCACAGUCGGAUUGUUGUGCUAUUAUCAUGACACAGGCGACCGAUUCACGUACGCCACCGGCACCGAACGCUGCUGGAACCCGGCCCCAAAUUAAUCUCACAAUGCCGCCAGUCUACGUGGCGCCACCAUCGGUCCAGGCGCAGCACACGCCGGCCAAAUACUCCCCGGCACACUACUUCCAGCAGCUGCACCAGCAACAGCAACAGCAAGCGGCCCAAAUGCUCCACAACCCGCUCUACCAACCGGGAGUCCCGGUAACGCCCGGCUCACCGACCAGGAUCUCGCUCGGUACCGACGGUGGCCUGGGGGCCGGUGGUGAGCAGCCCGACUACACCGACUACUACUCGAUGUAUCCGGCCAAGGCGGGCGAGUUUAUGUUCAAGCAGUUCGAGGGCUUCCGGGACUUUACGCUCAACACGGCCAAAUCGGGCCUCGGCGUGGGGGAGAAGUCCGUCUUCUGGAUGUACACCAAGAUCACGAAAUGGUCGCGAAAAUGGUUUACGCACUUUUUCCUCUUCCUGAUACUGUUCCUGUACUCGGUGGCUGGCGCUGCGCUGUUCGUUGCGGUGGAAGGUGAGGCCGAUAAUCCGCCGGAAGUAGAUGUUGCUAGCAAUGGUUUCAACGAAACGCCAGCCAUCGCCGCUACUGCUGCUGCUGCUGCUCCUACUAAUGCCAGCUUUAUGGCGCUCGAGCCGACGACUAGUGUCUUUGGAACGCACGAGAAAAAGAUGGAAACCAACGUGAACCACGCGAAACGGAUGCUGGCGAAAAACCUACGCAUACUGGCGCUGGAUCGCGAGAAGCUGGAGAAUCCCGAUCCGGACAUCUGGGAGGGACGGGCGAUCAAUCUGGUCGAGGAGUACAGUGCCGUCCUGUACCAGUCAUACAAGGAGGGGUCGUUUGAGAACAAGCAGAACAAAAAGACCUGGUCCUUCUGGAAUGCGGUGUUCUACUGUGGCACGAUCUACACUACUAUUGUGAAGAGCACAUGUUGCGGGCACAGGCAGAAUGGAAAACUGAACAAAAAAAAGGCUGCGAGCGAGACAAAAUCCCACUUUGCGUACGUUCACACAGCGAAACGAAAAAAAUAA